AUGUCGAGGAUAAAGGCAAUUGGACUGUUGUUGACAAGUUGUGGAAUAAAAUUCAGAAUUCCCAACAUUAGUCAUGCAAGAUUUUACACUUUUUGCGCUCAUAAAUCCAAAGCCUUACAGUUUAUAGUGUUUCAUUAUCGGUUUAACAUGAGAUAUUACUCGACUUGUGAAAUUGUGUUAUCUGAAACGCAAAAGAAACUAGUAGAGAAAUUGCAGGGUAUAGAAUAUCGUAUGGCUCAAUCCGCAACUGAUUUUGUGAGUGGUAUCUAUAUUCAUGGUGGUGUAGGCCAAGGGAAAACGAUGUUAAUGGAUCAAUUCUAUAACAGAUCAACACAACCAAAAAUGCGUAUGCAUUUCCAUAAUUUCAUGACUGAAAUACAAAAAAAACUUCAUAAAUUGCGCAUUAGCGGUGUCAGUGAUGCUUUAGAUGGUAUUUGCCGUGAAAUUAGACAAAAUGCCAGAUUGAUCUGCCUGGACGAGUUUCAAGUUGAGCACAUUUCAGAUGCGAUGAUACUUAAGGCCUUGUUUGACAGAUUGUUUAAUUUGGGAUGUACAUUAGUAUCAACCAGCAAUAAAAAGCCGGAAGAAUUGUAUCUUGUAAUAUCUUAUUUGGGUGGUUUAAACAGGGAACGAUUUUUGCCUUUCAUAGAUACACUUAUGGAGCAUUGUUUGGUUUACAAUUUAGAUGCAAAUAUCGAUUACAGGCAAUGUAAUGGAGGAAUUGUCCAUUUUUAUUGGCCACAUAGAGGGUUUGAAUAUAUUAAACUACUAAUUACUAAAAUGGGUAAGCAACCAGGUGCUACUGAUGUUUCUCUGCAAAUAUCACCACUAAAGACUUUAAAUAUACCAUUCGUAAUCGAUUCAAAUGAUGGGACUGGUAAAAAUCUUGCUGCAUUCACUUUUAAUAGUUUGUUCAGUGUUCCUAGUGGCACUAACGAAUACAUUGCCAUAUGUGACAAUUAUUGCGUGGUUGGCAUAUCCAACAUACCUCAAUUUGACAUAGCUACCACUCAAUCUGACGAACUAACUCGGUUUAUCAAGUUUAUAGACAUUGCUUAUGAGAGUAAUACAAAGAUAAUAUUUGACUCCAGUAAACCAUUAUAUCAAAUGUUUGGUCAGUUGAAAAACAACAAACUCUUUGAAAAAGUGGGUUUAUCACUCAUUGAUUUGGGUGUCGAUCCAUCGGAUUGCAUAACACAAGAAUCAUUUUUUGAUUUGCUUGCUAACAAAUUGGAUCCAAAUUCCAUAAAUAGUGCGAUUGACAUUGUUAAUUCCGUGAGGGGGGAUGUAACAUUUUCAGAUUCUUUAUGGGCACUUGUAUAUGAUAACGCAAUUUACUAUUCCGAGGAUGUUAAAUUUGUCGAAAAUAUCUCCAAUUUUGACUACUUGUCACAUAAUUUCAGUUCGCCAAUUUCAUUUAAAUUUGAUGAUGGACUGAAGAAUUAUCCGCGUACACUGUCUCGCAUUAGGCAUAUGUCAUCCGGGAACUACUGGAAAUGA